CGUCCUAGAGACGGAAGAACAAAAUUCAACGAGUUCAGCGGACAAAAAGAACAUUUUCAAACUAUUAGAAAACACCAAAUGCGUUACUGAGGCGCCGUUGCAUAGGCAAAGUCUUCGCCCUGAACCUUGAACCGGAACUGGUGUGAUGCGUAAAUUGUGAAAUGAGUGAUGAUGCAUGUCUUUGAGGUGACUUUGACACUACCGUAUGUUUCAGGAGUGUAGCUGUCAGCCAUUUACUUUGAUGACAAUGUUGUUUUUCUCUGAAUUUGGUAAACGUUUCGUAUAUUAGAUCCCCUGUGAAGUUCAGAUUUCGCGAGAUCAGUCGAGCGCAAGCAAGAAGACCGUCCAUCAUCCUCAUGACAACUAAGGUUCAUUGAUGAAGUUUUAAAUAACCAAGUAAACUAGAAACUAAAAGUAAGCUGGAUGAGAUGUUUCCCUUAAAGAAUAUUGAAACUUUGGGGGCUGAAAGUGAGCAGCCAGCUAGUAAAGCCAGGAAGCCAUUCAAAAGGAAAAGACAACUUUCAAAACGAGAGCCAGAUGAAGACCCAGUAGGUGAGAAGCCAAAGUCAAAGAAAAGUCAGGGCAUUAAUGAAAUGCACAAAUUGCCCACUGUUAGAAAUUAUCCUAGGCAAAACCCUAGUACUGUAAGUGGCGCAGAAGGCGUUGUUGCUGUUAAAAAGAAACCUAAACAUAAAACAAACCAAAGUGUAUGCGUAGAUGAAGCAUCAAGUUUUGCUAGCAGUCGAGGAAAAGGAAAACAAAAGAAACCAGGGAAUCCAAAUUUAACUGGAGCUAAUAGCUUUGAUGCUACUACAGAGAAGUCAAAACAAAAGAAAAAAGGUUUGAGUUUGACUGAAGGUGGCAGUAUUGCUGUAACAGAGAAGCCUAAACAGAAGAACCGCAAUUUGAAUGGAACUAGUGACAUUAUUGUUGAGAAAGUAAAGGUUGAAAACAGAAAGUUCCAGAAUCAAAGAAAAAAUGAAGUAAUGACCCGUCUACCUGGUAAGGAGAAACCCAAGAUGAAGAAACAGCAGUUCCAAAGUACAGAAGGGGCAAGUGGCUCUGUUGCAGGUAACACAGUUAAGCCAAAAGCUGCUUCCCAACCUGUCUUUGUGUCUAAAAAGAAAAAACCUGUCAAGGGGCAAAUACAGACCAAAGUUAUAACAAAAGAAGAAAAUCUUGGGCAGAAGUUGAAGAAAAAGAAGAAGAAAGCUCAGACUGUAAAUGUAAUUGGUUGGCAGCAGCUGGAAAAAGACCUUGAGAGUUGCAUAUCGUUUAAUGGGGAUAUUGAAGGAGCAUCAGCAUUACCAGAAUGCAGUUACCAAUCUAAGGAUAGCUUGAUGUUAAGUGGUUGUGACUCAGAAAAGGAUGUCAUUGGGAAGAAACUAUCGAAAAAAAUGAAGUCCCUUCAGCUUAGUACUAGUGUUGAUAAGCAGUCAGAAAAUGCAUCCAAAAAAUUGUCAAAGGUAAAAAAAGGUGGAGGGAAUGCAAAGAAGAAAAAGACAAACAUAGCUAAAGAGAAGCCAUAUGUAAUUGAAACUGAAACUUUUGACAACCAAAGAUUAAUUUCAAACCCUAAAGAAUUAUUUAAAAUAGGUAAAGAUGCUUAUAUUGUAGUUUUGUUACCUGGUCAGUCAUUAUAUGUGCAUGGCCUUGUUUCUGUCCAAGUCUUAGUUGGAAGAGUGAUGGUUCUUGGAUACAGAAUGGAUGAACUAGAGAAACAGAAUAUUUUCUCUUUUAAUAGUCAUGCACUUUUAAGUAUAAAUGCAACAGAGGGCCAUAGACUGAAUGCUUCUCGACAUUCAUAUCUGCUUGAUUAUGGUCUGUCAAGACAGCAACUUGAAGAAGCUGCAAAGACAGAGGUUGAACCACUGGUUAUUUUUGAGCUGAGAAAGACAGUUUUGCCCAUUGCAAAACAGCUUGCAAUAAUUGGAAAUCAACAAGUGAUGGUACCCAAAGAUAGAGAAGGUCAUAAAACCUUGUAUGGAUUAAUUGUUACAGAAGAAAAUUGUCACAAAUAUGCUCUUAUGGAGGAGUCAGCAGAGUGGAGGGAGUUGAUGGAAAAUGUACAACUCUAUUUUGAAUGUGGUAUUGCCCCUCGACUGGUGUUGUGUGGUGGCAAAGGGGUGGGCAAGUCGACUCUGUUCAAAUAUGUUGUUAAUCGUUUGCUUAGCAAGAAAGGUACUGUAGUCCAGUGUCUUGAUACAGAUCCAGGCCAGUCAGAGCUCUCUCUACCAUCCUGCCUCUCACUCACACAAGUUCGUGAACCAUUGCUUGGGCCUGCAUACACACACCAUGCCAACCCUUCUUCAGCAAAUGUGAAACAAAUAAUGGUUGGAGUUGUUUCACCUCAGUUUGGUCUACAGAGGUACAUUAAAGCUGUGAAAGAUUUGCUCGAAUUGAGUAGGAAGCAUCCCGAUCGACCUCUUGUUGUGAAUACAAUGGGUUGGACAGUAGGCACAGGAUUAGACCUUAUGUUGGAUUUGAUAAGAAUUAUGUCACCAUCACAUGUGAUUCAGAUACAAAGAAACUAUGCAGAAUCGAACUUUGCUGUGCAGUUAAGUGAUUAUAAUGUCCAGAAUUACUUGGGAGGCAUCUGUACAAAGAGCAAUAAUUGUGAACUUCAUUAUAAUCUAACUGAAGUUAAAGCACUGUCAGGCAGAAAAGUUGCAGGUGCUUUCACACCAAAACUCUUCAGAGAAUUGGCAGUGAUGCUACAACUUUCUGAUAUUUUAAUUGACUUUACAGAAAAUCCUUCUGACCAGGAGGAUGGUUCUCACACACUGAUUAUUCCAUGGCCUGAGAUUGUCCUUCAUGUGUGUGGAUCAAAGAUACCAAAGGCUCGAAUACUGCAAGUGUUGAAUGGUAACUUGGUUGCUCUUUGCCAGGUUGACCCCAAAAAGGUUGAAUUUAUUGCUCCUGAUCUUCCUAAGCAACUUACAGAUGACUUAGAUUUUGGUCAGUGCUGGGGAUGGGGUGUUGUCAGAGGCAUUGAUCCUUUGACGAAAUCACUUCAUAUUUUGACAUCUGUCCAGUCAGAGAUCAUCGGCACAAAAAUUAAUGCAAUUGUGAAGCCAGAAAUGUAUAUCCCUGACAGAUUUUAUAAUUUCUUUACAAAAGGGGAAGGUCCAUAUUUUCAGAAAAUGCAUAGGUCAGGUGCUGGAAGAUUGAAAGUUAGUCGUCAAAUCAAGCCAAAAAUGCCAAAAUUUGGACCAAAGAAAGAUAAUUAAGUUCUUUAGUAUCUGUGAAGUUAGUCAUGAGUUAUUUUUAUGCAUUGUUUAUAUUUACAAUAAUCAUAUUGUUUGUUUCUUGUCUGAAUUUUGCAUUUUAUAAGUAGCUGGUAAUGCUAUUUGCUAUCAUUGAAAUAAAUUUUACAUUUUU